AUGUCGUUACAAUCCCUCCUCCAGUUCUUAUUGUUACUCUUCAUUUCCAUUAAUGGGUUCUCUGUGAAUCCCACAUUUGCCAAAGUAUCAUCUGUGAUUCACUUUGAGAUGAUUCACAGACACUCUCCAGAGAUCUUGGGUGAGAAGAUAUUAAGCCGGAUCGAGCGCAUCAAGGAACUCCUUGAUGGCGAUAAGAUUCGCAUGGAGAUUAUAUCCCACAAGCACAAGCUCAGGGCAGAGUUAGAAGCAACAUCAUCAUCAUCAUCAUCAUCAAGGAGAAGGGCAUCUCAAUUGCGUGGUGGUGUUCAUGGGGCCAACUCCAACUCUUCCUUCUCGCUUCCGUUGCUGUCUGGGUCUUAUGUGAACAAAGCUUCGUACUAUGUACCAUUCAGAUUCGGCACACCAGCUCAGAAAUUCCUGUUGGUAGCUGAUACAGGGAGCGACCUCACCUGGAUAAAUUGCAGGCUCAAGUGUAAUCAGAGAAACCGGGGCCAGAUUGGGAGAUUUUGCAUUACAAAAGAUGAUGACACAGGAAGACGAAUCUUCUAUCCUGAUCGUUCCCGAACCUUCAGAACCGUCCCCUGCUCCACCGAAUUGUGUCGACAAGGUUUCUUCGAUCUCAUGUCUACCACUGAAUGUCCAACACCCAAGUCCCCUUGCAGCUACUCAUACCCUUACGCUAGCACAGAAGUAGCCGAAGGCAUCUUCGCCUAUGAUUCAGUGACAGUGAACCUUGCCGACGGUCGCAAGAAGAAGAUCCAUGGCAUGUUGAUGGGUUGCAGUCGGGAAUGGGACGAAACCAGUGGAUUGGCCAACGCCGACGGCAUCCUCGGUCUGGGUUUUAACUCCCAUACCUUCGUCUCCAGCGUCUAUAAGGAUUACCAGGGGAAAUUCUCUUACUGCCUGAUGGACGGAAGCAGCCCCAAGAAUGUAUCAAACUACCUCACCUUCGGCCAUCGCAACGCCGAAGAGAUGCCUCCCAACAUGGAAUUCACAGAAUUGGGCCUCAUUGGAGACCAUUUCUGCGUCACCGUUGAAGGAAUUUAUGUGGAUGGGGUGAAAUUGGACAUCCCCGACCAGGUUUGGAAGAUCGAAAUGGGAGGAGGAAUGAUAAUUGACUCUGGGUUUAGCUUAACAACUUGGGUUCAAGAGGCAUAUGGUCCUAUCAUGGCCGCCCUUGAGACGCCAUUGCUUCACAGGUACCCAAGAAUCGAGGUGGAGGGCUUGGAAUCCUGCUUCAAGGUCCCCAAAACUGACAAGAAGUAUGAGUCGUUGGUGCCAAAGUUAGAGAUCCAGUUCAUGUCUGGGGUUCGAUUGAAGCCAGCAGUGAAGAGCUAUUUUAUUGACGGAGACGACAACGGCGCGAAGUGUAUUGGGUUUAUUCCGGUGCCAGUUGAAGACCCUUCUGACAGUUACAUCUCCAUACUUGGAAACAUAAUGCAAGAGAAUCAUAUGUGGGAGUUCGAUAUUUCUCGGAGUCGUUUGGGAUUUGCUUCCUCCUCUUGUGUGCUUCGCCACCACCAUAGGUUUCCAUCUCAUUCCUAA